AUGGAGUUUGCUUAUUACCCUAAGCUAAAUUUUAGUUGGAACCAACUGGAAGGUCCAAUUCCUUCAUUUCUGUCAAAAUCAUCAUCUCUAGAUCUAUCCUACAAUAAACUUUCCGGGUUCAUUUCUUUCUUGUGUGGAAUCAAGGCCAGUAAUUUAACCCUUCUUGAUCUCACAAGCAACCAUGUAUCUGGAGAACUUCCAGAUUGUUGGACGCAUUUAGAAAAUCUAGUCUUUCUUGGCUUGUGUGGCAAUGGUUUUUUUGGCACAAUUCCUACCACCUUGGGGAAUUUAUAUUCUCUUGAAACCUUGAAAUUCAAACACAACAGAUUUGUGGGAGAGUUGCCUUCAUCCUUGAUGAACUGUAAACACUUGAAAGUUAUUGAUGCUGCAGAAAAUCAACUGUCAGGAUUGAUACCUGGAUGGUUAGGGUUUGAACUUCCGAAGUUGGUUAUCCUUAUCCUCCGUUCUAAUCGCUUUUAUGGAAGAAUUCCUUUACAGUUAUGCAAUCUAACACACGUCCAAAUAUUGGAUUUGUCAAUUAACAACAUCUUUGGAACUAUACCCAAGUGUCUCAGCAAUUUGACGGCUUUAGUUGAUAAAGGACAUUCAAUUCUGACCAUCACUCAUCAUUAUCCAUGUGAUUUUGGAAAUGGGAUUUUUUCAGAGAGCUAUGAUGAUGCAGCAACCUUAAUAUGGAAAGGAAUAAUGUCUGAAUACAAGAGCACUCUGGGACUUGUGAAGAGCUUUCAUUUGUCAAGCAAUCAAUUGAUGGGGGAGAUUCCUAAAGAAAUCAUUCAUCUUGGUGGUUUGGUUUCUUUAAACCUGUCGCGAAACCAUCUAACAGGUCAAAUAAAUCCAGACAUUGGGAAGUUGGAGUUAUUACAGUCUCUUGAUUUAUCAAGAAACCAGAUCGAUGGAAGAAUUCCGACAAGUCUUUUUCAGAUAUAUGGUCUUGGUGACUUGGACUUGUCAAACAACAACCUGUCUGGAAAUAUUCCAAUGGGGUCUCAGCUCCAAAACUUUGAUCCGUCAGCCUUUGCCGAAAACCCUCUGCUUUGUGGACUUCCACUUCAAAGGAUGUGUGAUCAAGAGAAAGAGAAAGGUAGUGUUCAACAAACUGGCUUAGGGAAUCAAGACCAUGAAGGUGGGCUUGUAACGCGUGGAUUUUACAUCAGUAUGGGGCUAGGAUUUGCUUUUGGAUUUUGGGGAGUUUCUGGCACAUUGAUGUUCCACGAGUCAGGCAGAUCCACAUAG